UGAAGGAAGCCUGCACGCCCGCCCGGGAGGAGACCCUUGGAAGCUUGGCGGGGGAGAAAGAGCGGAGAGUGGGUUCUGCGGAGGGAAGGAGGCCCGAGUUUCACCCGAGGGGCGCAUUAGAGGCCUCGGCCUUUCAGUCCAGGGGAAAAGAGGCAGGUGCUGUUCCGAAGGCGUGGUGACAGUAUGGGUAGUGUGAGCAGGGGACGAGGAAGAAGAGCUCCAGGGGAAAGUGAACAGGCCCCUGCCUUCCCGGAGAUGAGGGGGCGGUAGGAAGACGCCUCAGCCUCCUCAAGUAGGAAGGGGAAGGGUCCAAACCUGUGAGGGAAUGAGAGACGGAGGAUCUUCUGAAGUAUAUAGGUAGAGAACGGAACAGUGUGGUAUGUCAGGGGGUGGGAAAACCCGUGUUUUGGAGGACCGGAGAGAAGAUAAUUGAGGGGAAGAAAUGACAUUUCUGCUUUCAGAAAUGACAGGGGAAUUGGCCAGCUGUCUCCUAAUUGAGGGGCAGGAACGGUGAGAGCAGAAUCUUACCUGAGAGUCCUGGAGAGUGAUCCACCAGACCAGACUAAGGCGUGUCAAGCCUUGACCUAGUAGGGAUGGGGGGCGGGGGCGGUGCAGGGCUUGACCGUCCAAGGAACAGGAGGAGGUCUGAAUUCUCUUAAGAUGAGAGAAAUCUCAAAAGUACUUCCUAACAGGCACAGAAAGGGCCUUGUUUGGUGUCUAUUUAGGAGAACCAAGAACUGGGUUUCCUCAACCUAGGGAUUGGGGAAAGGGAGGAUCAGAUCGUUCUAGACUCUCAGAGGGAUUCUUCUCCCUUGCCUCUGGUAAUGCUACCAAAGUGCUUUUGGAGGACCUUUUCAUUAAAUGUUUGGACUGUCUUCCCUAAUUCGUAAGCCUUUUAUCAAUUAUGGAUAUUUAAUAUAUACUUAGUACAUACUGACUUGAUGACUUUUUUCAUUAGUCAUGAGUCAACCAUUCAUAUUUACUUCAACGGACAUACAUUAAGUAGCUAAUUUGUACUCAACUUCAUUGGGUUAGCUUGGGCCCUAAAUUGCUCUUGUCCUAGGCAGAAGUCCCCUAGAGUCUAGUGUGAUGACGCUUCAAAGAACCCUUUAUCCCAUCGCUUCCCCAAACACCUAGAUAGUAGUCUUCAAUAUGUGACCUGUCCCAAACUUCAUUUGCUUUGGCUCUGUCCCUCACAGUGGUCCUGUGUAGCCUUCUUGUUGGCUUUAUUACAUUUGAUAGCACCCUGGAUCACCUACUGAAUGCAUGAGAAGGAAUAAAGAAGGAAAAAAUCAAGUUUUGGCCUCAACCCAGCUAUCUGACUUCAUGUGAAAGAUGGCUAAUGCAGAAGUAAGUGUUCCAGUGGGGGAUGUGGUUGUGGUUCCCACUGAAGGAAAUGAAGGGGAGAACCCUGAAGACACUAAAACCCAAGUGAUCUUGCAGUUACAGCCUGUGCAGCAAGGUUUGUUUAUCGAUGGACACUUUUACAACAGGAUUUAUGAACCUGGGUCCGAGAACAACACGGCAGUCGUGGCAGUAGAAACUCACACGAUUCACAAAAUUGAAGAAGGGAUUGAUGCAAGCACUAUAGAAGCAAAUGAGGAUAUGGAAAUUGCUUACCCCAUAACUUGUGGGGAGAGCAAAGCCAUUCUCCUCUGGAAGAAGUUUGUAUGUCCAGGAAUAAAUGUGAAAUGUGUCAAGUUCAAUGAUCAGUUGAUCAGCCCCAAGCAUUUUGUUCAUCUGGCUGGCAAGUCUACCCUAAAGGACUGGAAGAGAGCCAUUCGUCUGGGUGGAAUCAUGCUCAGGAAAAUGAUGGACUCCGGACAGAUUGAUUUUUACCAACAUGACAAGGUUUGCUCCAAUACCUGCAGAAGCACCAAAUUUGAUCUUCUUAUCAGCAGUGCAAGAGCUCCGGUGCCAGGACAGCAGACAAGUGUGGUGCAGACACCCACUUCGGCCGAUGGUAGCAUCACACAGAUUGCCAUCUCGGAAGAGAGCAUGGAAGAGGCAGGGCUGGAAUGGAACUCAGCUCUCACUGCUGCUGUCACCAUGGCUACAGAGGAGGGUGUGAAGAAAGACUCAGAGGAAAUUUCAGAGGACACUUUGAUGUUCUGGAAAGGAAUAGCUGAUGUAGGACUGAUGGAAGAGGUUGUCUGCAAUAUACAGAAGGAAAUAGAGGAGCUACUCAGGGGAGUUCAGCAGCGGCUCAUUCAGGCUCCCUUCCAGGUAACAGAUGCUGCUGUUCUCAACAAUGUAGCACAUACAUUUGGCCUGAUGGACACAGUAAAGAAGGUUUUGGACAACAGGAGGAACCAAGUAGAGCAGGGAGAAGAGCAGUUUCUCUACACUCUGACAGAGUUGGAACGCCAGUUGGAAGAGCAGAAGAAGCAAGCUCAGGAUCACAGGCUGAAAUCCCAGACCGUUCAAAAUGUGGUACUGAUGCCUGUGAGCACUCCUAAGCCUCCAAAAAGGCCCCGGCUCCAGCGGCCAGCUUCUACCACAGUCCUGAGCCCUUCUCCUCCGGUCCAGCAGCCUCAGUUCACAGUCAUCUCACCCAUCACCAUCACCCCAGUGGGCCAGUCAUUUUCCAUGGGCAAUAUUCCAGUGGCCACCCUCAGCCAGGGCUCCAGUCCUGUGACUGUUCACACACUGCCUUCUGGCCCUCAGCUCUUCCGCUAUGCCACAGUGGUCUCCUCUGCCAAGAGCAGCUCACCAGACACAGUGACCAUCCAUCCUUCAUCUAGCUUAGCACUGCUAAGCUCCACUGCCAUGCAGGAUGGGAGUACCCUGGGCAACAUGACCACCAUGGUGAGCCCCGUGGAGCUGGUGGCCAUGGAGUCCGGCUUGACCUCGGCAAUCCAGGCUGUUGAAAGCACCUCGGAAGAUGGGCAGACCAUCAUUGAGAUUGACCCAGCCCCAGACCCAGAGGCUGAGGAUACUGAGGGCAAAGCAGUUAUUUUGGAGACAGAGCUGAGGACUGAGGAGAAAGUUGUGGCUGAGAUGGAAGACCACCAGCAUCAAGUCCACAAUGUGGAGAUUGUGGUCUUAGAGGAUUAACUGGGGAUCUCAGGGCCAGGAGAUAUGCUUUGGUUUGGAAUUUUAAUUAUUUGUUUAUUUUUAUCAUUGUCCCACUCAUUUCCACAUAGGAUCCUUUUUUUAAAACAAAAUCUCAUUGUUCUAACUGAAAAUGUUGGGUCCCUCCCUCCCCCUCAUUGAAAAACGGACAAAAACAAGCUGUCCUUCCGGAAGUUGAGAGUAGGUCACUCAAUGUCUAAAUCCUUUUACGCAAAGAAAGUUAGUUCUUUUAGGGGAGGCAUCAAGACAACCAGAAACCCUGUCCGGAAAGCCCUUUCCAGGCUAGUCUGUCUUUGUACACGUGCGGUUUUAUUUUUGUAAAGAUGCAUUGGCCAAACUCUGGGACGCAAAUCUGACACUGGAAGGCAACCCACCUGCACAUGGAUGCAGAGGAUACUUUAUUUUGUAUCCUGGAAAGGGCCCUCAGAGGCUAGUGCAAAACUCUGAAACAAAAGCAAGUUGAACUGUGCUGGGAGGGGAAGGUGGCAUACCAGCAGCAGCUUGAAAAGGGAAGUGCUUUGGUCAGGAUGGGGCAAGGAAAUUAUCUUACUUCCAGAAGUGCAACUGAUGCCUUUUGAUAUCUCUAAGGGGUUACUACCAUGGGUGCCAUUUUGAGGAGAGGCCAGUAAUAAGUGGAAGGGCACAUCUCCGUGGAGCAAGUGGCAUCAGGGGCCUGGGGCCUGUAACUUUGCAGAAAUAGAAAUCUGGGUUUCAAGCUCACUUUCCCCUCCUUCCCCAAUUUUGUCAAAGCACUUAACCCCCCUAAACUAGGAUCAAUCCAUUCAUUUGCAAACUAUGUGAUGUGGUGUAAAUUUCUCUGGUUCCUGGACUGUGGCUGUCAUGGAGGUGGGGCUCCAAGGCCAUAGUUUUUAUUGCAUGACUCCGGGUGCAGGGUAGUUCCUCAUCCAGACCAGCUGCCCUUUUUGGUGGGGCCCUUUUUUGGCUUUGGAACCAAAAGCAGCCACUCAUUUGGUGCUUCCUCUUGUUCUCCCUUCCAUCCCUCAACUGUUAAUGGCAUCUGUCUCCUGGAUCCCACGCUCUUCAGCUUUUUGGCUGAUUUGGAGAACAGUGACAGGUGUCUGCCUGCCUUCAUCCUCUUUUAGAUUCAUUUAUACCACAGAUGUUUCUGUGAGAUAUUGAGCUCUUAAAAAAAAACAAAACAAAACAAAACAAAAAAAACACCUUAGGCUUGGCAGAGAAGACUCAACAGCCCCAGCCUAUCCUGAGGCAACAAGUAGAUGUCUCCUCCUGAGCGAGCUGGACUCCCUGGGAAAGAAGCAUUGUCUGCAACAUUAUAUUAUAGGAAAUGUACCAGGAAUGUCAAUAAUAAUAUCUUUGGGGGGUGUUGUUAUUAUUAUUUUUUUUUAUGUUGUUUGUAUGUUUAGAGCUGGGCCAUUUUCUGUGCUGUGAUUCCUGCUCUUUGACCAUUUUCAGUGUUUGGGGCAAGAGUGGACCCUGGUUUUUAUUUCUUUGAUUGCAUUGUUUACUGCACUAGAUAAAAUAUAGGGAAACUGCAGACAAUUUAAAGGAAAAACAGGUCAAAAAGAAAGCACACACCUUAGGAGUGGGAGGUUUUUUUGUUUUUUUGUUUUUUUAAUUAAAAGCAAAACUUUGGCUUAUAGUUUUCUUUUUUUUUUUUAAGAGGGCACCCACUUGAAGCCAUGUUUCUUCCAACAGAUGUUGGAAACCUUGUUGUCAUGCAAGUGAAGACUGCAUUCUGCCGUCUUUCUGAUGGCUUUAAUAGCUAAAGAAGCCCUCUAACUUGGGAGGGCAAUCUUAAAAGCCUUAAGGGUGAGAUUUCUUAACCCCAUAUAAUUGUGGCUUUCAGCUUUAAAAUUGUCUGGGGUUUUACUUUUCUCUUCAAAAUGUUCAAUAGAUGUAGCAAUCAGCUUAAAACAAACCUUUGGCCCUUUAGCGAGGGAAGUGGCUUUUAUUAUUGCUUCUUUAGGUGUUCUGAUGGUACAUAAACAAAACCAAAAUUUCAGUUUAAGCCUAAAACUGCUACUUGACCCUAGGAAGGCACAUGUCACCCCUAUCGUGGUUUUUAGGGACACUUUUCUCUUUCCCAGAAAUGCAAGGUCCGAUUCAGGACAGAGGGGGAGCCCUGGAGAACACCCACACACUAGCUCAGGUUCCUUUCUUUCUUCUGUCAGCUGUUGUUGGUAGUGUUUUAAAGCAGUGUGAGCAUCAUGCUUCCAAAGUCAAGAGAUCUUUUCCUCCUAAAGACAGAGCCUGUUUACUUGCACUAUCUGAAUAUUCCGGCUGGUGGAAAUACACAAGCUUUGUUGUUUUCCUGGUCUUCCAAUAGCCUGUCAUUAUUGCUAGCUGCUGUGGCACCUGUUGUGUGGGGGUUUCCUCAGAGCCCUGGUCUAAAUGAUCUCAGACAGCGUGAGAAAUAUGCAAGCCAUUGGUAUGUGCACAAGCAGUUGCAAUGAAUCAUUCCUCAGGCUGACUUGGCAGUAGCCAUCUAUAUUUCUGUUCAUUCAUUAAAUAAACAUUUAUAAGUACCA